UAUGUACCGUGUUUGUGUGUGUUUGUGUCAGAUGAGGUGGAGCUGGAUCGCGGCGACCUGCGCUGGGUGGGCGCCUGGUGGCUGGGCUUCCUGGUGGCGUCGUGCCUUCUCUUCGUGGCGGCGCUGCCGUACUUCUUCUUCCCCCGGAGCAUGGCGCCGGAGGAAGAGUCGGAAGCAGACGAAAAGCGGCCGCCGGACAUUUUCCAGGAAGUCAGCUUUCUUCACUUCCUUAAAAGCUUUCCCGCCAUGUUGUGUCGGACCCUGCGGAGUCCCGUCUACCUGCUGGUGGUCCUGGCGCAGGUCAACCUUUCCGCCAUGGUGGCCGGCCUCGCCACCUUCAUGGCCAAGUUCAUCGAGAAGCAGUUCAGCCAGACGGCAGACUUCUCCAACGUGAUGAUCGGCGGCGUGAGCAUCCCUCUGGCCGUGUUGGGAACCGUGUCGGGCGGCGUCCUAAUGCGGCGCCGGGCUCUCGGUGUGGGCGGGGCCAGCAAGCUCUGCGCCGCCGCCAUCUUGCUCAGCCUUUGCUGCGCCUUCCCGCUGAUCCUCUUGGGCUGCCCCACGCAGACGGUGGACGGGGUCUUCCCCGCUCGGCGUGCGGCCACGCGGUGCGCUUCGACGUGUCGGUGCGCCCAGGAUCUGUUCCAUCCGGUGUGCGGGUCCGACGGGGUCGAGUUCACGUCCCCGUGUCGCGCCGGCUGCAUCGCCAUGGAAACGGACGGCGCCAACAAAGUCACGAACUUCACAGAGUGCGGCUGCGUGGGCGGGGCCGGCGGCUGGGCCGCGCCCGGAACCUGCGGCGGCCGGUGCGGCCACCUCCUUUGGCCUUUUGUGGUCCUGAUGGCCGCCACCUGUCUCACGGCGUCCUUGUGCCAGACGCCGUCCUUUGUCAUCAUCCUCAGGACGGUCUCGGCGCGGGACAAGUCUUUGGCGGUGGGCAUCCAGUACAUGCUCUUCCGGGUCCUGGCCUUCAUGCCCUGCCCGGUCCUCUACGGCUUCGUCAUCGACUCCACGUGCGUCCUGUGGGACCGCGAGUGCGGCAAGCAGACUUCCUGUCUCUACUACGACUUGGACCGCUUCAGACACAGGUUUUUGGGCGUCCAGGGGGUCUUCAUGUGUGGGGGUCUUCUGUGCUUCUGCUUGACGUCGCUGGUCCUGCACAGGAGGAGGGCGGGGCCUGCGGGCCCGCAGCCGGCCAAUCAGAGCGCCUAUGAGCUUGUGAGCGAGCGCAGCAAAGAAAAGGAAGUCAACCCGGGACACACCUGAGGAAAGCCUUUGGAGCCUUUGGGCCACAUUUUUCACAAUUCGCUUUCUGCCACAUGGACGAGUAGCGCUCGUGAGGCGAUGUCAUUCGUUGGUCUGGCGUGUUGGAUGGUAAUAUUCGUCAGGACAAAGGUGCCCUCGUACAAAGUACGUGGACCUUCAGCUAGAUGCCGAGGCAUUUUUUUUCGUCACCUGCGAUCUAGCUGCAGUUCCACUGAUGUCCACCAGGCUCACUUGCGCUAACCCGAACCCAACGCUACUUCCUGUCGCCCUGCUAGCCACACGCUAAUGUAAUGCAGCCUAUGCUUCGUGCCGCCAUCUUGUCUCCGACAACCAGUUUACAUGUCUGGCA